AUGCGCAAGGCCCGGGCUGCAGAAGCCCGGGUACAACGACUGUGCCAGAUGCAUGGGCUCGGCCCCGGGCUGGCUCGUCAGGUCCAAGUUGCCGCAGUGCAAUCAGUAGCACUCUAUGGAGCAGGGCUCUGGUGGCGGGGCCAGAAAAAUCGGCAGGAGGGCGUGCAGUUGAUGAUCAAUCGACAAGCUCGGGCUAUCACUGGUAUGCUGAAGACCACCCCAGUUGGCCUCCUAGUCCGAGAAGCAGCAGUAACACCAGCUGAGGUCCUACUAGAGGCCCGGCUGCUUGGAUAUAUUACUCGGCUGCUUGGCCUACCAGAGAAUCAUCCCGCUAACAAAAUACUCCCAGUGAGCUUUCAAGAGAGAGACCAACACGCUCAGCCUGGAGAACCAACCCCAGGGAACAGAAGGUGGGCUGAGGACAAUGCCCGGGGACCGUGGUCCCUAGGGCAGCACUUGGCCCGGCAGCUAGCCAAUAUCCUGCCAGUGAACCCAUCUGGAGGCUUUGAAAGUCCGCUACAAGCAACUAGCAAUCAGUUCCCUGAACAGGCAAUCUGGUCCGAUGGUACAAGAUUGGCAAAUGGUAGAGCUGGGGCAGGAGUUGCAUGGCAAGACCCAGCGAAAAAAAGGAAGACCAGAGGCUUUUCACUGGGAAAAGGCUAUGAAGUGUUUGAUGCAGAACUUCUUGGGGUAGUGCGAGCCCUACAGGUAGCAAAAAAAGCGGGAGGCCAGAGACCAGUAACUAUCCUACUAGAUCCCCAAGCUGCCAUUGCCAGACUGCAACACACUCAUACAGGGCCAGGACAGGCCCUGGCAGCCCAAGCGCAUAUCAUAGCCCGUAAACUACAGGUUCAAGGUUGUGAGCCCACUAUCCCAGGACACGCAGGAGUGGAAGGAAAUGAGCGAGCAGACUAA